AUGCUUAAAUUUCUGCGGAAGUUCAUCUUUUUUACCUCCUUUUCAAUUUUCUUGUACCUUCUAUCCUACUGUUCCAACACCUUCACAAACUCACUCAUCUCAAAUCCUUCCUUCUAUCAUCUCUCCACUCUCGUGGAUAAAUUUGAUCAAAAAAUUGAACAACUCAAUUUUUAUUCUCUAAAUCACUCACUCAAAUCAUUUCACAAACCUUUACUAGUAAUCUAUACAGAAGUGAUUGGAGUGGAUUCGAAUUCUUAUUUUUACUAUUUGCUGAGAAUAGUGUUUCGGUUAUUUUUCUUAGUUUUUGUUCAGCUUUAUGUAUUUUACAUUUUGCUCUUCAGAUAUGGUCAACUUUUCAAAGACCUGCUUGAUCUCAGCUAUAAGUCACUAAAACAAAUUAAUUGGAAGAGCCCAAUUAACUUUUUCAAGUCAUUUUACUUGUUUGUUCACUAUGUAAUUUCGCUGUUUUUGUACUAUAAUUCACUUGUUUCAGUGAGAGUUCGACUUAUUUUAUACUCUUCACUCGUGUUUGUUAUAUCAAUUAUGUCUUUUAAAGUCGGAAUUGGAACCAAACAUUUUGUUAAUACCACCCCAAUUAUCAUUGGUUUGACCACUUACCUGUCAAUUCUACUCACAUUCACACCUGCUAUAUGCCAGUAUUUAACACUUUUAAAUACUAUUCUAAUACCAGCUUGGGCCUUAACCAUUUAUUUAAGGUCACAACCUAACACUAGUAAUAAUGCUCCUGAUGAGGGUUCUGUUGUCACGAGUAAACGAUCAAAACUUACUCGAACAAAAAGUAACAUUAGUCAUAAGUCAGAUGAUAAUAUGGAUAGUAUGAAUGUUUCUAAUGUAAGAUUAUUUUAUGAGUUAAAUAAUUGUUUGGAUUUAUAUUUGAUAAUAGUAAUGGUGAGGAUUUGCAAGUCGAUCCCAUUUUUUGGUAAAUUAUUACAGUUGAAUUUUUAUUUAUCGCACAUUUCCCUGUUUUUUACAAUAUCAAUUGUGGUCCACUUCUGUAUAGUAUAUAUUACUGGAAUUACAGUAAUUAGAACUCCCCUAUCUGGAGUUAGAAAUUUAAUUCUGCUCACACUAAAUUGGGUCAUCUUCCACACUUUUGGAAUCAGUAAUUACUUUUCUAAGGGCUCCAAAUCAACUCUAAACACCACUUUGGCCGCAAUUACGGCUAGGAUCAAGCAAGUUUUGACAAUAUUUUUGGGAAAGUAUUUAGAGCCUUUAAACCAGCACAAGGCAGUUAUGGUGCUUUUAACAGUGCUGAGAACUUUACCUCAGCUGUGUCUAUUACUACUUCCUCCGCUGUUUUCUAGCCUUUAUUUCGAGUACUCAACAGUUUUAGUGCCAAUUUCAACUUUCUUAAUACAUGAUAACACCUUCAAGGACAAGCUCUAUUGCAUGGGUUUUUUUGUACUCUCGGAUGCAACUCGGUAUCUAUUCAACUAUCUUGGGUGGAUUUCAUUCAAGAGAACUCUAAGAAUAACAUUACUGGUUUUCCUGUCCAGAAACACUUUGUACCUUCAGGCAUUUCCGGUUGAUCAAAUGGAAUACACAAACUCUUCAUUGCGCCAGUUCUCCCACCCGCCGACUAAUAAUAUUUUACAAUAA